AUUUCGGACUGUAACUAUACGCGCCUGGCCGGGUUUGCCAAUAGUCACAGACAGUCAAUAGGCGCACGUACCACCAUGGUGUCAAAUCAAGACAGUCAAGAUGUUAUAUGCCGGAGCCCGUUGCGGUGGAACUGCCCCCCCAACCCCCCGGAGCCCAGUCUGCUCGAGGCAGCUUCUCCCACAGCCUCACUCCCGAUAGUUCGGGAGCGACGUUCUUCAGUCACACAUGCGAGGAGAAGUCGCCAUGUAACUUGCUGGCCCCCUAUUCCAGCUUCAGCACCAUGCUCUUAUUGCGUGCUAGGGGCGAACAGCAAAAUCAGCCUGUUUCCAACUUCUAUCUGUUGCACAAACGGCAAAUCAACUCCCUCGGAAGGUACUCUAGUACCCCAUUCGCUGCGGGAGCACAACUCCCCGAAGCCAAUAAUCUGCCCCGAACCGAGCUUGACGAACCGUCGUCGAUGUCAAGGAAGGUUUCAAAAACCCGUCCUGUGCGACGAGUCGGCAAUUGCUUACACCCCUUGGCACUUCCUUCCUUCGCGAUAUAUACCCCUGAAUUUAUGACGGGAGGUUAUUUGCAGAAGGAAGGAUCUGGGAUAAAUUGCCUCUUGGACGGCUUGAUGCAGGUCCAACUUGCUCAGGGGUGCUUCGCUUCGGCAGUCUCCCGAGCGUGUAUCAUGGAGGAUAUGGGGGCGAGAUACAUGGCCCCUGAAAUCCAACUUGGACACGACGAUGAAAAAGGAGACAGGAUAUUGUCCAGGACCCAUGGCAUCCCCUCAGCCGGGGUAACAUGCGAUGGUCGUGAAAUUUGCACCCCUUCUGCCAGACCAACAAUUUGUGUUUGUCCCAGUCUUGUAUGUACCAUCUGGCCGGUACGGUCGAGGCGCAGAAAGCCAAGCGAGAACUGGGUCAAGAGGGAACGACUGCGAUUGGCGCCAAUACAGAGCCUUUAACGAACCUCGUCUGACAAUCCGGGCGCCGUUGUGGGCUGUUUAUCAAUCGUAUUCUCGGCUGAAUGCGAAGUCGUGAUUCCUAGGGGCGAUCGUGGGUCCCAUUUGAUGACCCCUAGCUAGGAUCUAGUGCUCAGAGCAACCACCAAGU